UAAUAUUCAUGGAUUAUUUAUCUGCUCUUGUGCUUGUGAUUUUGUUUACAGCAGCUGCCAAUGCAAAACUCGCCAGCUCAUCAUCGUCGUCAUCGUCAGUUUCAGCCAUUUUCAUAUUCGGCGACUCGACUGCAGAUCCCGGAAACAAUAACUACAUAUCAACUUACUUUCAGAGCAAUUUCCCGCCAUAUGGCAAAGAUUUUCUCAACCACACACCUACCGGAAGGUUUACCAACGGCCGCCUUGCCAAUGAUUUUAUUUCUCAAUACAUUGGAAUCAAAGAUUACGUGCCUCCCUAUCUCGAUCCAACGCUCUCCAUUCAGGAACUUAUGACCGGUGUCAGUUUCGCCUCUGCUGGAUCCGGGUUCGACCCGCUUACACCCGCAAUAAGCAGUGUGAUAUCGAUGUGGGAGCAGUUGGAACAGUUCAGAGAGUAUAAAGCAAAAGUGGAGGCGGCAGUUGGGAAGGACAAAACCAAGGAGCUGAUAAAUAACGCCAUAUACUUUGUUAGUGCCGGCACAAAUGACUUCGUCGUAAAUUAUUUCACCAUGCCAAUACGACGUCGUACCUACACUAUCCCAACCUACACCACUUUCCUCCUACAACAUGCUCGCCAAUUUUUUCAGGGAUUAUUGGAUGAAGGUGGUCGGCGAAUAGGAGUGGCGGGGCUUCCCCCAAUGGGGUGCUUGCCUGUUGUAAUAACCCUUUACACCGACAACCACGGUAAACGUGACUGCAUCGACUAUUUCUCGUCCGUAGCUCGAAAUUAUAACGAAAUGCUCGAAAAACAAUUGAAAGACAUGCAAAUUAAGCAACCCCAACAGUCUCGGUCUCGAAUUGCUUACAUAGAUAUUUAUGGACCUUUACAUGACAUGAUCUUAUUAGGCUCCAAAUAUGAUUUUGAGGAGGUUAGCAGUGGCUGCUGCGGAACGGGAUUAUUGGAAGCGUCGUAUUUGUGCAACAGGGAAUCCCGACUUUGUUCGGAUGCAAACAAAUUUGUGUUUUGGGAUUCAAUUCACCCAACGCAACGUUCAUAUUUCGUCAUGUUUCAAUCCCUUCGCCCUGUAAUUGAUGCUCUAUUGAUUCAUCAUUAACGUACACAUAAUAAUUAAUCUAUAUUAAUAAUAAUCAAUUCCGAAC